AUCAAAUCAAACAAUGUCACGUCACGUGAAUGACGUUUAUACGGGGAAUCGAAACUUACAGGUUACCAAAGUCAAGAGUUGAUUUGACGAAGGACGGGGAGCAGUACUGUGAGCUUUGUACUUUAUGUGAUUUGAGCUGAAAGUCCGACAGCUUCGUCAUUAAAGAUGGAAACUGGAAACUAUGUUAGCAGACUUAACGAGUACGUACAGAAAACAAGCUCUGUGAUGCAAUAUGAGGACCUCGGCUCCGUUGGCCCCGACCAUAUGAAAACAUUCACCCUGAGGGUAGUCCUAAAUGGAAAAGCCUAUCCCAAUGGUGUGGGAAAGAACAAGAAGGAAGCCAAACAUAAUGCUGCUAAAAAUGCCCUGGAAUUCUUGUUCAGUGUUGAACAUCAGGACUCAGUCGACACAACUGCAGAUGAGAAUCUCAACCCCACAUCAGCUCAUCGAAAUGAGGAAAUGAAUCCAAAUGUUUCUGAUAUCUGUAAUAUGACAAGACGCCUCAGUAUGAACUCAAAGGACAGCAGUUAUGCGGAGACAAAUUACAUUGGAAUUGUCAACCACUACUGUCAGAAAAAAAAAAUCACCCAUACAUUUAUUGAGGAAAGGAGAUGCGGUCCACCUCAUGACCUUCAAUUUUCCUACAAACUACGGAUCAACAAUAAGGAGUACCCUGUGGGUGAGGGUAAGAGCAUUAAGGAAGCCCAACAGAAAGCAGCUCAGCUGGCCUGGGAUGCUCUUCAAGAACAGACAGACUGGGACAGCAAGCCUGAAGAGGAGAAAUACAGAUGUGCAUCAAGUGAACCAGAGGAGGAAAAGUCGGACAUCUGUGAAAAGAUAACCAAAGACAAAGGUUUUACAGAGGAUAACUUCAUAGGACUUGUCGACCACUACUGUCUCAAAGAAAAGCUCAUCCAUGACUUCAUCUUAGAAAACAAGUGCGGUCCACCUCAUGACCUUCAAUUUUCCUACAAACUAGUGAUCAACAAUAAGGAGUACCCUGUGGGUGAGGGUAAGAGCGUCAAGGAAGCCAAACAGAAAGCAGCUCAGCUGGCCUGGUCUGCUCUUCAAGAACAGACAGACUGGGACAGCAAGCAGGCUGCCAAAGACAAGAAUAUGGGAAAUAAUCAGAAUGAGACAUCCAUGCAGUCAAGGUUUACUUCAGAAUUUGAGCCCAUGGAGUGUCUUGGCAGUGGAGGUUUUGGUGUUGUUUACAAAGCAAGACAUAAACUGCUGGAGAAGGAUUUUGCUGUAAAGAUUGUCUUCUGUGAAGAGAAAGCUCUUCGAGAAGUGAAGACAUUAUCAGACCUCCUCCACCAUAAUAUCGUCAGAUACUACACAGUUUGGCCGGAGGAUUCAGGAUACCGAUGGGACAGUUCAGCUGGCAGCUCAGCUGGCAGCUACAGCUAUUCCCAAUCUUCCAUUGAUAAUUCAUCGGCAAAGUACCUGUAUAUUCAGAUGGAGUUAUGUAACACCAAAACCCUUAAAGACUGGAUUGAUGAGAAGAACAAUCAGUCUCCCCAAGACACCAAGAGAAGAGAAGAAAGUCUCAGCAUUGCUCAGCAAAUAGUUAGUGGAGUGGAAUAUAUCCACUCCAGGAAGCACAUCCACAGGGACCUUAAGCCUGCAAACAUCCUGUUUGGGCUGGAUGGAGAAGUGAAGAUCGGGGACUUUGGUCUGGUCACCAAAGAUGAUGAUGCUUUGAUGGACAGAACAGAGAACAAAGGAACCCCAUCUUACAUGGCUCCGGAACAAAGGAGGAAGCACUAUGACCGAAAAGUGGAUAUCUUUGCUCUGGGGUUGAUAUAUUUGGAACUCCUUUGGAAAGUCUCUACUGGCCAUGAAAGACGAGUGGUUUUGGAUGAUGCCAGAUGUCAGAAGCUUCCCAAUGACUUUUCAAAGACAUUUCCCCAAGAGAACCAUAUCAUCAAGUUAAUGCUGCGUGAGAAUCCAGAAGGCCGACCUGAUGCAAGUCAACUGAAGGCAGAUCUGGAGAAGUGGGCUCAGACAUUCAGCACAAAAAAUGUGCGUCAGGAAAAUGCAACUAUCUGAUUAUCACAAGCAAUUGUGACAAGACCCAUUAGCAUAUA